AUGGAGUAUGCCCCUCAUGUUUCUCUAGGUGAUUUAAUAAAGACAGAGUUAUUAUCCGACAAGGAAGUGAUACUUGUUGACAUAUUGCAGCUGGUGAAGAUAUAUCUUGGAUCAAUUCUUAGAGGUUUUUGCUUAUGUUUGGACCUUGGAGAAAGAGUUUGUGGUAGCCAGGGCUAUGCUACCAUUGAGGAGAGAUCAAGUUCAGAGGGACACCCUACUAUAUGUCGCCAGAAUCAGUUAGAGGUUUUAAGGAAAACACCUUUAGAUAUAUGGUCUCUCGGAUGCAUUGUUAUUGAGAUGAGCACUAGACUUAGAGAAUGGUUGAACUUCCAAACCAGAGACCAAUUAUUGUGGAGACUUGCAUUUCUUGAAGAAACACCGAAGAUACCAGAUAAACUUAGUUGCGAUUGCAAGGAUUUUUUGGGGAAGUGUCUGAUUAAAAAUCCUGAACAAAGAUGGACAACUAAAAUGCUUCUGGAUCAUCCUUUUAUUCAAAAGGAAUAUCAAAUUUUAUCACCUACGUGUAAUACUUAG